AUGUUCAGUGAACAGUUAGUAUCUGUUUACUCAAAUCUGUCAAACACAAAUGUGAAAGUGCUUCUGAGUUCCUUUGUGGUAGCCGUCGCUACAUCAGUAUAUUUAAUAGUAUAUUUACUAUCACAUAGUCCUCGACAACCAUGUCCUGAGGAACUUGAAUUCACUACAAUCGACGAUAACAAGAGGCAAUUCAUUAGAAAGAAGCUACCAAGUAGGUCAGAAGAUGAUAUUAUACUAUCUGUUGUGGUGCCAAGUUAUAAUGAAACUAGUAGGAUAUUGUCAAUGCUCAAAGAUGCCAUUAAUUUUUUGGAGGCUGAGAUGCCAAGUAAAUGGGAAAUUGUUGUUGUAGAUGACGGAUCAAGUGAUGGAACGAGUGACUUUGUCUUGAAACUUUCCCGUGACCAUUUCAAUUUGAAAUCUGGACAACUUCGUGUUAUCAAAUUUGUCCACAAUAGAGGGAAGGGUGGAGCUGUCAAACAAGGUCUUUUGCAUAUUCGUGGUAAGUACGGUCUAUUUGCUGACGCAGAUGGUGCUAGUAAGUUCAGUGAUGUCAAAAAAUUGAUCGAAAAUAUAGAAAAUAUGGAAGUGGAUGAUGAAGGUAAGAAAUUUCCAGCAAUGGCUCUUGGUUCAAGAGCACAUAUGGUUAAUACGGAGGCUGUUAUCAAGAGAUCAUUUGUUAGAAAUUGUUUGAUGUAUGGAUUUCAUGCAUUAGUCUUUAUAUUUGGAAUUAGAUCAAUAAAGGAUACUCAAUGUGGCUUCAAAUUAUUCAAUAGAGAUGCUAUUAACGACAUUUUCCCCUAUUUACACACAGAGGGCUGGAUUUUCGAUGUUGAAAUUCUACUGUUGGGCCUUAAAAAGAACAUCAAAUACAGAGAAAUUCCAAUCUCCUGGCAUGAAGUUGGCGGUUCAAAAAUGGAUUUGGCGAUUGAUAGUCUUAAAAUGGCUAAAGAUUUGGUAAUCAUUAGAAUGGCAUACAUCCUUGGCAUUUAUAAACCAUAUAGAAAAUGUUAA